AUGGUAAUUUCCAAAGAACGAAGCUUAACGGAGGAGAAGAAGAAGAAGAAGAAUGUUCUCUCCCCUCCGCCGCACCCGCACCCGCCGCCUAUCUUCUCGCGAAUCGCGUCUGGUGACGAAGAUCGUUCCGUGACGGAGGUUUAUCUCAUUAGCCAUGGUGAGUGUGAUCUCAAUUUAAGACCUGAUUUGGUUGGUGGGAGAUGUCAUGUAGCUGCGCUUACUCCUAACGGUAAACGCCAAGCUAGGGCUCUUGCUGUUUUCUUUAAAUCUCAGGGUGUUCGAUUCAGUUCUGUUUACUCUUCGCCUUUGGAUCGAGCUAGAUCCAUGGCUGUUUCGGUUUGUCAGGAAAUGAGUUUUCCAGAGGAGCAUGUACAAUCCUCAGAUGCUAUUAUCGAGAUGAGUCUUGGGGAUUGGGAAGGUUGCAAUCAAUUAGAGAUAUAUAGUCUCGAAACCUUGAGUUUGAUUGAACGAUGCCAGCCUGAUUUUACGGCCCCAUCUGGAGGUUGCUAAUGCUUUCGUUUCUUAAACCUCUGCUCCGAGUAUAGUUUCACUUUAUGAUUGACAUUAUGAACAUGCUUCUAUCAUCAUAUGCUCUGAGAUUUGAAUGCAUGUGAUUAUGUAUUCUUUCUUUGUUUUCCGUAAUUACAUUAUGAACAUGCUUCUAUCAUCAUAUGCUCUAAGGAAGAUGAUGACCAUUACGAUAGUGACUCUUCCAGUGGAUCGUCUGCUUACGAAGAGUUUCUUGACCAGAAUCAGAUUUAAAAUAGAAUUCAAAAAUUUUGUUUCC